AUGUCCUCGAUCGAAGAGCUUCAGGCUGAGCGACAGACAUAUCAGGAACAGUUGGAUCUUGUUCUUGGCCAGAUUCGCGAUGACCCCGACAAUGUCGAACUCAAGGCCCUGCACUCGGAGCUGACCGAGUUCAUCCGCCUGCUCGACGAAAACAUCGCCGAGCUCAAGUCGAAGCAAGCGCCUAAGCCCGCCGAAAAGCCCGCCGCGCCAUCUCCUGAGCCGGCCAAAUGGUCCAAAGAGAACCAUCCCGCCUUCAAAAAGGCCGCGCCGCCGGUCGAGGACAAGGAAGAACCCAUCGUGCACUAUCAGGUGAACGAUACUGUCCUGGCGAAAUGGAUCUCGGGCGACAAGGCUUUCUAUCCGGCGCGCAUCACGUCCAUCACUGGAUCGUCCACCGACCCCAUCUACAUCGUCAAGUUCAAGUCUUACGAUAAUACAGAGACUCUCAGGUCGCGGGACAUUCGUCCCAUUACCAACAAGCGAAAGGCCGAAGGGCCUCCAUCAGCGUCUACCACCCCGGUGGCUACCACGCCGGCGCCUGGCGUCGUCAGCUCGGCCGGCGCCACGAUGUACACAGAGGCACAGAAGGAGGCAGAGGCAGACAAGAAUGCCCCCAAAGCGCCUAAGCCCAAGAAGAUCAAGGCCACCAAAGAACUCGAAGCUGGCAAGUCCAAAUGGCAAGAUUUCAACGCCAAAUCCAAGUUUGCCAAAUCUCACAAGAAGGACUCCAUGUUCCGCACGCCCGAGGGAAUUCACGGAAGAGUUGGCUUCACUGGCUCUGGCAAAACAAUGAGAAAGGACCCUACCCGUAGUCGUCAUGUCUACCAGGUUAACGAAGAGCUCGACUAA